GGAGCGCCGCGCCCAGUCUCCAACCCCCGGGAGCCCCGCGCAGCGGACGGCCCCGGCUCAGGGUUCCCUGCUGUCUGCACCUGCUGCUCACGCUGCGCGCCGGGUACCCAAGACGCCGCCCUGAACUGGAGCCCUGCGCCCUCGGCCCGAGAGGCAGGGCCUUCCAGUGCCGGCGUAGGCGCUCACCCCCCUGCGUUCCUAUUUCUCUAAUUUGGGGUAAGAAGGAACGACGCCCACCAUAGGACACUGAGCCUCCCUCCUCUGCCAACGACCCCUUGAAAGGUCCCCGUGGUCAGGGUUCCUGAGUGCUCCAAGGCUGGAGGUGCAAGAGCCAGAGCAGGCGAGCUUCGGGACCCAGCAUCCCCACCCUGCAUGCCACCCUCGGAGCCCCUGACCAUCAUCGGGUUCGAAGGUGCUCAGUUGAAUGCACGUUAGCUCUGUCGUCACUCCACAGAAACCAAGUCGGUCCGUGAAAGGCUCGAACACAUGGCGAUGGACAAAACACACAUUUGUGCGUUACUGCGUUUGCAUGAUGCUUCUGUGAGAACUGCAGGACGCAGCCAGGCCCCGCCUCCUGCGGUCUUUGAGCGCGUGGUCCAGACCUCGCCGGAUGUUGAUGGCGUCGCCUAGCAACGAGAGAUGGCGGAGCCGAAGGACCAGGCUGACGGCAGGUCACACCUGGACGGUGAGCAAGCUUCUGCAGAGGAGGAGAAGGAACAGCAGCAGCAUGCUGAAGGCCGUGAGGUGUCGUCACCACCAAUGGAAAACAAUGGCCAAGAAGUUGAUGAGGGUGGAGAUGCCACCAAGGGUCCUGAAGAGGACAUUAGAGCAGAAAGUGAAGGCAGACUUGAAGGAGACAUGGUGGACGACGAGAAAGUCAGGACGGAAGGAAUAGCCAUCCCUGAAGGGGAAGUGGAAUCCAGUGGAGACACUACCCAAGAAACAGAAUUGGAAUCCAUCAGAGAGACUCCCCAAGAAACAGAAUUGGAAUCCAUCAGAGAGUUUCUCCAAGAAACAGAAGUGGAAUCCAUCGGAAAGUUUGCUCCAAAAAUGAGAGAGAGAUCCUCUGGAGAGGACACAUCAGAACUAGACAUGGAACACAUGGACUUGGAUGCCAUUGGGGAGGACAUCCUAGAUAUGCGUUUGGAGUCCAUCACUGGAGAGGCCAGCCCUCAAGGGGAAGGGGAGCCCGCUGGGGAAAAUGUCCCAGGUGGGAAACUUGACCUUCCUGGGAGAGAAGAGAGGUACACCUUCUCUGAGAGGGAUGACUUGUCGGAGAGGAUCAGCUCCCCAGAAUUAGCCUCCUCAGACGUCAGCUCCUGGGAAAUGACUUCAGAGGAUAUCAAUGCUUUUGUAUCUGAAGGAACCGGGCUCGACUUUCCUGACACAUCCUUGGGCAUAUAUGAGGCCUUACGACGCAGACAGGUCAGCCAGCUGAGACCCCUUGAGGGCCUUACUCAGAGAAUCCUUCCUGUGGGGGCACCACAUCGCUUCAGGCUGAGCGCCAUGGGAAGUCUGGCUUCCUCAGAGAUGGAUGACUUACUCUCGGACACACAGGAAAUUUCUGCACAAGAACCAGCGCGUCGCCCGCCUGGCCCCCGGGAAGAAACCCACAUACAGUUUCGAGAAGAUGUCCAGUCCCUCAGCCCUGAGGAACAGAUCCUGAUCGAAAGAGAAGCCUCUGAAGGAAGUGACGAAGCAGAUGACGACAGUGCCCAACUGGUGGUGCUGGACCCAGACCACCCCCUGAUGGUCAGAUUCCAGGAGGCCCUGAAGAGCUACCUCAACCGGCAGAUAGACAAAAUGAAGCUAGACAUCCAAGAGCUGGAUGUGGCCACCAAGCAAAGCCGAGUCCAGAGGCAGGAGCUGGGUGUGAACCUCUACGGGGUCCAGCAGCACCUGGCCCGCCUGCAGAUGCUGCUGGAGAAGAGUCAUGACCGUCACUCUCUGGCAGCGUGCGAGAGGAGGCAGAGGGAGGAGGAGCUGCAGAACACCCGGGCCCUCUACAACAAGACCUGUGCAACUGCCAACGAGGAGCGAAAGAUGUUGGCAGCCCUGCAGGCCGACAUGGAGAGCCUGGCCCUGCACCUGUUCUACAUGCAAAACAUAGACCAGGACGUGCGGGACGACAUCCUGGUGAUGAAACAGGUGGUGAGGAAGACGGAGAUGGAGAAGACGCGAGCUGAGUUAGAGAAGAAAAAGCAGGAUCUGUUCGUGGACCAGCUCACUGAAAGGGCCCACCAGCUGGAAGAAAACAUCUCCCUGUUUGAGGCUCAGUACUUGUCCCAGAAUGAGGACACUCGAGUUCUAAGGAAAGCAGUGAGCGAGGCCGUCACAGAGAUCGACACCAUUGCCAUGGAGAAGAAGCGUAUCCUGCAGCAGUGGACCACCAGUCUCAUGGGCAUGAAGCACCGUAACGAAGCGUACAGGACCGUGCUGGAUGCGCUCAGGGAGUGUGAGCAUCAGGCCAAGUCCAUAGAUGGUGAGAUCGAAGCCUAUAAGAGGUCCAUCAUGAAGGAGGAAGAGAAGAAUGAGAAGCUGGCCCGCCUCCUGAACCGCUCAGAGACAGAAGCCAUGCUGGUGCAGAAACUCACCACCCAGUGCUUAAGCAAGCAAGAGGCUCUGCAGAGUGAGUUCAACACUUACCAACUCGCCCUGCAGGACACCGAAGAAAUGCUCAACAAGGGCAGUCUGGAACACUCAGCAGUCAUGAGCGAACUCCAGGCCACCCGCCAGGCUGUCCAUCAAGAGGAGGAGCUCCGGCAAAAGAUGGAUGCCUCCAUCCUGGACAAGCUGCAGGAACACGGGACCUCCAGCAAGAUAACCAAGUACUACCAACAGCUCCUUCGGAAGCUGCAGAAGGAAAAUACCAACCUGGUGACACACCUUUCAAAACUUGACGGCGACAUCGCUCAGGCCACCCUGGACAUCACCAACACCAACUGCAAGGUGGACAUGCAUAAGGCAACGCUGGCGGAGAUGGACAAGGAGGUAAAGCGGCUCAACGACCUCAUCACCAACAGCGAGAGCGAGAUCGCCCGCCGCACCAUUCUCAUCGAGAGAAAGCAGAGCCUCAUAAACUUCUUCAACAAGCAGCUGGAGCAGAUGGUGUCCGUGCUGGGGGGGGAAGAAGCUGGACCCCUGGAGCUGGAGAUCAAAAGGCUGACGAAGCUGAUUGAAGAGAACAACAUAGGGGUGUCAGAUGCCCAGCUGACCUGGCUGCGGCUGCAGCAGGAACUGGUCCAGGUCACGCAGGAGCGGGAGGAGCAGCUGGUGUCCCUGAACCAGCUCAAGAAGGACAUUCACAUCAUGGAGCAAAAGAAGCUUCGCAUAGAGAACAAGAUUGAGCAAGAGAAGAAAGAACAAAAGGAGAUCCACUGUCACAUGAAGGACCUGGACAAAGACCUGACCAAGCUCAACGUGCUGAUGGACAAGAACCGGUGCAACUCGGAACAGCUGCAGCAGAGCAACCAGCUGGUGGAGACUGAGUUUGUGUGCACACUGAAGGAGGCAGAGCGAGAGGCCAUCCGAAUGCAGGAAAAGCUGACACAGCUCCAAGAGGAAAAGGCCACCCUUCUCAACAGCCUACUGGAGGCAGAACACCAGCUCAUGCUCUGGGAGAAAAAAAUCCAACUGGCAAAGGAGAUGCGUGCCUCGGUGGAUUCUGAGGCUGGGCAGACAGAGAUCCGUGCCAUGAAGGCCGAGAUCCACAGGAUGAAGGUCAAGCACGGACAGCUAAUGAAGCAGCAGGAGAAGAUGAUCCAUGAAAUGGAGAUGGCUGUGGCCCGCAGGGAGACCAUGGUGAUGCAGUCCCAAGGGCAGAGCAAGAAGGACAAGCCUGUCACCAGGACAGACUUCCACUUACAUCAGAAUGAGCUUCGGAAGAAGAUCAGGGAGGUUCACAAGGCCACAGAAGACUGCGGCAACACUAUCUCAGAACUAGAAGAAACUCAAAAACUCCUGAGCAGCUCCCUUCAGGAGAAGCAGCAGUCCCUGUCAAAGAUGCAGGGUGACUUAGACGUCCUGGAAGGAGAGAUCAGCCAGCUCACAAGUCUCAAACGGCAGAACCUUUUGGAGAUUGUGGCCAUGCAGACGCGUGCCAAGAACCUGCAGGCUGCAAUUGAUGGGAAGUAUGUGUUCCUAUACCGAAACAGCAAGACCCAGCUGCAGGAACGCAAGAAGCUGGACAUCCGGCUGGUCCAGCUCAACUCUGUCCUCUCCCAGAUACAGGAAGACUACCCCCAGUACCGGGAGGUGCUACACAAAGUUCAUCAGAAGGUCUCCAGCCGGCUGAAGUCCCCAGACCCCUCCUAAACAUCACUUGGCCCACACCUGCCAAGGUUGCCCAGAAGGGCAGCCAGGGAAUCCCCCCCCAUGUUCUGAAAAGCCGUGUGUCCCCUAGAAUGACACCCUACCUAAGAAACACUGACAAGCCAGACCUGUAGGAGUCACAGCCACCCCACUGUUGACAACAGGUGCAAUUCAGCAUUCCUGAUCUGCUGCGGUGAACAUGCCAGCCUGCAGGGGCAUUACCUGGGCAUCAGUAGCCACUCUGUCCUGUUGGGCUUACCCAUCUAGGUAAAGACCAUUCUGUCUGUCGGCAGUUCCACAGUGCAGCCGAAACCCAUCACACUGACCUGGGACAGGCCCUGGGUUUUGUGGAACAAGUAAGGGAGCCAGGACCCCAAGGAAGCCAGGAACAAGGUAGACUGCUUCAGCCCAUGUGAAACCACAAGCUACCUUCAUUCUGGUUCCCCCCCACACACCCAACAGAAAGCUCAGCCCCUACAGCCCCUACCUCCCAGGAAGCAUUAAAAUAGAUUGAAACCCAAAGAUCAAAGCUAAGGACCCCAGGAUCCCAAGGAGAGGUCACCCACUGACCUCUCUCUCCAUCUCUGCCCCCGCCCCUGGGUUUCUGAGCACCAGCUGCCUGUUUGCUUCUGUAGAUGUGAAAUAGAAAAUGUCCUGUGGGAUAAUUCCAGUUUUAAACUUUGCAGCAGAGAAAUAAAAUUUAUGAAAGCUGCUUCUGG